AUGCCAGCCACAGCAAAGAACGUGAUUGCCACGGGCACUUCCUCAGGCCUGGGAUUCGAAGUAAUCAAACAAUUACUCGAGAAAUCCGAGCCUUAUAACUUUAUCCUCGGUGCUCGAGACAUUGAGAGAACUCAGGCCGCGUUUGACGAGGUCAAAUUUGACGCCUCCAAGCAUACCAUCUCCCUUGUGCCACUUGAUCUUACCGAUCUGCGCAGUGUCCAGCUAUUCGCACAGAAUGCUCUCACUAAGCUAGGUCCUAACAAGCUGGAUCUGCUGUUCCUCUGUGCUGGCAUGGUUGCUAGUGCCGAAGGGCCAGGACCUCACGGUUCGCAGUGGUGCACCAGCUAUGUCGUGAACCAUCUAUCCCAGCAUUAUCUGCUUCAUCAGCUUCGUGAGACCCUGGCUGCUUGCAAGUCGCGCAUUGUCGUGGUAUCAUCUGGAGCAAUCCGUAACGUUCGAAACCAAGACCCGAAAACCCUGGAUGUCGAUCUCAAGGCAAACUCCGGAGCAGACCGCGGCGUCGUAUACAGUGCCUCCAAGUUCGUCCAACUACUAGGUGCGCAGUAUUGGCGUCGUACGCUUCCCGAGUGUAGAGUCGUGGCAGUCUCCCCUGGUCUGAUCCCCGACACGAAGCUCGCUGGCAAAGAUUUGGGAUUAUCUAUGAGCAUGCCUGAUGCCAAAACCGUCCCUGAAGGUAGCCAUUCCCGGCUUGUGAUCAAUGCAAUAGAACCCACUAACAUUCUUUUUUACAUUGUAGGCGCUCAGAACCUCCUCCGUGCCUGGACCAUCAAUGACUUCCCUGAAGACCCUGAACAAGUCAUGUUGACUAGCUGGGGCGAGUGGUGGUCUAAAGAUGUUAUUCAAAUGAGCUUGGAUACCGCUCUGCAGAACAAGUGGUGCCUGAGCAGAGAUGAGAUUGAGAAGGUCGAGGGGCUUUCCGCAUAA